AUGGUUGGCCGCCCUCCUCAGACCAUCAUAAUUGCCCAAUCUAGAGCUAUGCAAACUGCUAUUGCUGAUGUUCUCCCGCGGUCAGCUCAUUGUAUUUCCUUGUCACAUAUCAUGAAGAAAGUUCCAGAGGAAUUGGGCGGGUUGCAUGAAUAUGAAGUAAUCAAGAAAGCAUUUACUAAAGCAAUUUACCAAUCAUCAAGAAUAGAAGAGUUCGAAGCAGCUUGGGAGGACAUGAUACUACACCAUAGAAUUAGGGACCAUAAAUGGCUCCAGACACUCCACGACGAUCGUAAACACUGGGCCCCUGUCUAUUUAAAGGAUACAUUUCUGGCAGGGAUGGUUUCUGUGACACUCAGUGAGAGAGAGGCUUCUCCUUUUGAUGAGUAUUUGGCUAACCAUACUUCCCUAAAAGUGUUCCUUAACAGCUAUAACCAAUGUCUGAAGGAAAUCUAUCUAAGAGAAGCAUUGGCUGAUACAGAAUCAAGGAAUUCCAGUUUUAUGUUGAAGUCAAGAUUUUAUUUUGAAAUGCAGCUAUCUAAAGUUUAUACGAAUCACAUAUUUGAAAAAUUCCAAAUCGAAGUCGAGGGAAUGUUUUCGUGUUUAAGCACAAGACAAGUAAGUAUUGAUGGGUCAGUUGUAACUUACAUUGUUAAGGAACAUGAAGUUGAGAAUGUGAAUGAGGCACGAGAUUAUGAGGUUACGUUGAAUACAGCUGUUGCGGAAGUUCUUUGUGCUUGUGGUUUAUUCAACCUGGAGGGUUUCCUGUGCAGGCACGCAUUGUGUGUUCUAAGUCAGAACAGUUUCGAGGAGAUCCCACCUCAGUACAUUCUUUCACGCUGGAGAAAGGAUAUCCACCGUAGUUAUAUUCUUGACUAUGGUUGCAAUUUGAUUGACACCAAGAAUCCAGUCCACAGGUAUGAUAAUUUGUACAAGUGUGCUGUGAAGUUGGUUGAAGAGGGGAGAAAAUCGCGUGAACGAUACAAGUUCACUUUAGAAGCUUUGGGUGAGAUAUUGAACAAAGUUAGUUUGCAAGAUCAUAACACUCUUUAG